GGACAUCGAAGAUGUACCUAGAGCGUGGCCUACACGCUGCUGAAGGCACCUUCAAAAGAGGUUUCGCGCCUCGGAGGCGGCGUCUUUCGCUCCUCCAUGAGCGAUCCCUCCUCACCGACCUCUAUGGAUAGCAUGUCGAUUCCUAGCUCUCCUGCUAUGCAUUCCUCGAGCGGAGACGAUGGCGUGGGUCUCUCAAAUCCUCAGAUAUCCAGCAGGAGUCGGGCUAUGCUCGACCUUGUCAACAAGUUGCACGCCAUUGGGAUACGCGCCGAGAUAGAUCUGCCCCAGAUCGCCGUCAUCGGCUCGCAGAGCGCGGGCAAGUCGUCACUCAUUGAGGCCAUAUCGGGCAUCACACUGCCUCGCGCAGCCGGUACAUGUACUCGCUGCCCCACCGAGUGCCUACUCUCGCAUUCCUCAACGCCCUGGCAAUGCAUCGUCACCCUCCGAUUCUGGACGGAUGCCAGAGGUCAGGCGCUCGCCAUGCCCCGUAGCGUCACCUUCGGCACCGCCAUCACGGAGCGGCACCUGGUCGAGGAACGCAUCCGGCGCGCGCAGCGGGCCAUUCUCAACCCCAGUGUCCCGGUCGACCACUUCCUUGCCGAUGACUACGACGCGGACGAGCCUGCCAGUGACACCCAGCUGACGUUCUCGCGGAACUGCAUCGAGCUGAAGAUCAGUGGUCCUGAUGUGGCGGAUCUAUCGUUUAUUGACCUGCCUGGUCUCAUUGCGAGCGUCAGCCGCACCGGGAACACCAGCGAUAUCCAGCUGGUCGAAGCCCUAGUCAAGUCCUAUAUUGAGAAGCCCAGCUGCGUUAUCCUCCUUACUGUCACCUGCGAAACCGAUUUCGAGAAUCAGCCUGCGUAUGGCCUUGCGAAACAGUACGACAGAGACGGCAAGCGCACCGUCGGCGUCCUCACCAAGCCCGACCGCAUCCCCACCGGCGAGGAGACCCGAUGGCUCUCCUUCAUAAAGAACAUCGUCGAGCCUCUCGACAACAAUUGGUUCUGCGUCAAGCAGCCGAGCUCCCAGGACCUCAAGCAGGGCAUCUCGUACAAGCAGGCGCGCGUACGAGAGGACGAGUUCUUCUCGUCGACGCCCCCGUGGACGGAUCUGGAGGCGGUGUACCAGCGCUACCUCCGCACUCCAAAUCUGGUCGAGCGCCUGAGUAAUAUACUUUCAGACUUGAUUUCGAAGAGGCUUCCGGAGAUAUACGAGGAGGUGCAGAGGGGCGUGGAGAGUGCGCGCGAGAGUCUAUCCCAACUGCCCAAGGAACCGUCGAAGGACCCCAUCACGGACAUCACGACGAUCCUACACGCCUUCGCAAUGGACGUCGGCAAGGCCGUGCGCGGUGUGCCCAAGCGAGACGGGCUGCACCAGACGGUCCGUCCCUCGCAGGACAGGUUCCGCAAGGCGAUUCGACAGACGGCGCCGGACUUCCGCCCGUACGAGAGGCGACACCGAGGCAAGCGUGCGUUCAGCAAGCCGACAUUCUUGAAAAACGAAGAUGGGGACGACGAAGAAUCGGACGACGACGGUGGUAGCGACUCGGAUUCGCAGUCGGAUGACGGGUCUUCCUCGUCCAGUUCCCCAAAUAUUCCCGAGACUGCGCGCACGAUCUAUAUCGACGAGGUCAUGAAGCGGGCGAAGAAUGCGCGAUCUCGCGAAUUACCAGGAAAUUACCCCUUCAUCAUACAGGAGGAGUACAUCUCCGACUUCACGAGCAAGUGGGCAGGACCAGCUCAGGCUCUCUGCGACACUGUUUUCUCUCGAAUCAGAUUGCAGGUCGAUCAGCUCGCCUCGAGACAUUUUGGUAGCUACGGGCAGGGAACGCUGGAGCAUCGUGUCAAGGUGAUCUUGCAGGAGCGCCUUAAGCAGCUGCAGGAGCGGACCAAGGAACGCAUCGAUUGGCUUGUCGAGCUGGAGCAGGCGCCGUUCACGCUCAACACGCACUAUCUGCAAGACUACACGGACAAAUUUAUGUCCUAUUACAAAAGCGCCCGCCAGUCCCAGUCAAACGAGGGUCUCAUGGCGAAAAUACGCGAGCAUGCGAAGCCUUCCGCGUCAUCUCUGUUUCCUCCUGCGCGACAGCGCCAGCCUUUCGCACAGAGUCCGGGGUAUGAUGCUCCCACGGGCAUCGAGAAGGUCCUCGCUGGCGCGGUCGAGGUCGGCAUCACGGGCACCAAGGCAGAGGAUGUGGCCCGGCUUCUGGCUCCCGAUGCUAUGGAGCCCGCGUUGCAUAUUAUGGCUGACGUUCGAGCCUACUUUCAAAUUGCCUACAAACGCUUUGCGGACAACAUCCCCCUCGCCAUCGACCAGGAGCUCGUGCGCGGUAUCGAACGCCGCCUUCCAUACGUAAUGCUCACAGGGCUACAUAUCCACGGUCCGAAUGGAGAGAGAAUAUGCAAGGAGCUCGCGGAGGAGAGUCCGCAGGUUGCGAUGAAGAGGGAGGAAUUGCGCCAGCGCAUCGAGCGGAUGACGGCUGCGAGCGAAGAGUUGAUGGAUUUCGGCCGUUGAUCUCUCUCUGCUCUUUCCACUGUAUCUGUAUUUGUAUCUCACGUAGAUACUAUCUCCUCUUUUGCUCCCCAAGCAGUAUAUCCUGUAGCGCGCAAUUGUCACGAUGACUCACGCAAAAUGCCAUGUG